GGUGCAUUGUGGUGUAUUAGGUUCUUUUUGUAGAAAGCUGUAUGCACCGGAAUCUGAAGAAUUCGAGGCGUCCGCCAAGCCAAACUCUUCUUCCCUACCUCCGGUCUUUACUCCUCUUUGUCUUCUCCACACUCCAUUUUCCAGCGGACGUUUAAGGUGCAGUGAGGAGUAAUUAUGUCUCAUGGUGACAGAAUGAAGCAGGGUCAGUUCACUAACCCUGAAACCCCAGGCUAUGUUGGUUUCGCCAAUCUGCCCAAUCAGGUCCAUCGCAAGUCUGUUAAAAAGGGCUUUGAGUUCACCCUUAUGGUUGUCGGUGAAUCUGGGCUUGGAAAAUCCACCCUGAUCAAUAGCCUGUUCUUGACUGACCUCUACCCUGAGAGAAUCAUCCCAGGAGCAGCAGGUAGAACACCAGCACAAGCAGGCACAGGCCCGCAGGCCGUGACAUUUGUCAUGUUGCUGAGCUCCAGGCACUCACGGUCCUUUUGUUGCCAAACAGAGAAAAUCGAAAGGACAGUUCAGAUUGAGGCAUCAACUGUGGAAAUCGAGGAACGGGGCGUCAAGUUGCGUCUCACUGUGGUCGACACCCCAGGAUACGGAGAUGCCAUCAACAGCCAGGACUGUUUCAGCACCAUCAUCAGCUACAUAGACGACCAGUUUGAGCGCUACCUCCACGACGAGAGCGGCCUAAAUCGUCGCCACAUUGUCGACAACAGAGUUCACUGCUGCUUCUAUUUCAUCUCUCCACUCGGCCAUGGCUUGAAACCCCUGGAUGUUCAGUUCAUGAAGGCCAUCCACAAUAAGGUCAAUGUGGUUCCAGUCAUCGCCAAGGCAGAUACGCUCACACUCAGGGAACGAGAGAGGCUUAAGCGCAGGAUUCUCGAUGAAAUUGAUGAGCAUGGUAUCAAGAUUUACCACCUCCCUGAUGCAGAGUCCGAUGAGGAUGAAGAUUUUAAAGAGCAGACAAGGAUCCUCAAGGCUAGCAUCCCUUUCGCAGUGGUAGGCUCCAACCAGCAGAUUGAGGCCAAGGGGAAGAAGGUGCGGGGCCGACUGUAUCCUUGGGGAGUGGUGGAGGUGGAGAACCCCGAGCACAAUGACUUCCUCAAGCUGCGCACCAUGCUGAUAACCCACAUGCAGGAUCUGCAGGAGGUGACCCAGGACCUCCACUAUGAGAACUUCCGCUCCGAUCGCCUGAAGCGCAGCGGCAGGUUGUCCUCCCAUGGUUACGUUCUGCCUCUGUCCCCUGCCCAAUCCAGGUUUUACCGGUCUUCACAUUGCCCGGCCGUCUGUGCCUAUGAUGGCGUUCUGGUCUUGAGUUGUCCAAUUCCCUGAGUGGACAAUUGGAGGUACUGUUUAUUAUUCUUAUUUUUCUGGGUUAGUCUGUCUUCAAGUGGGGGAGGUAUUGCUGUUCCCCCGCCCCCUUUCGCACCUUCUGCUGCUGCCUUUCUUCCAACCUCACUGCUCUCAUCUCGUAGCUAGAUGCCCACUUUCCUCUAGUAGACCACUCGACUAACCCACUGACCCACUCCACUUUUUUUUUUCAAUGUGGCUUUUGUCGUGUUUUCCUAAUAAUGAGCUGCACUCCUGCUAUAUAAACCUCACACAGAAUCAACUCUUACACUGGUGCACAUCACUUACAAUGCAACUUCACAUUUUGACUUUAAAAAAAAAAAUGUAUUGUUGGUUUAUCCACAUACUCUACUCACAAUAAGUUUGGGAUAUAUGGCUUUUCGGUGACAGUGAGGCUUCAGACAGGGAAAUUGGCACUGAGCCCAUACUGGAUAUAAAAUGUCUGCACACCUUGAUUAAUUUAAAAGUUAAUUUUUUAGUGCUAUAAAAAUGAGACUGUCUCAUGUAAAAACAUUACCAUUAAUGUGACCGAUAACCUGCCCAACUGCGUUUUUUCUUAGCGUUAUAGAGUUAAAGUUGGCCACUCAGUUAUGUUCAGAAUUAACACAAUAAUAUUCACAUUCACAUUUAUGUUAAAUGGUUGUCAACCCACAGCUGCCACCAUUUUAAGUGCCUCUGAUUACACAAUUACACAAAUAAAUGUGAGCUGUUCUAGUAGGCUUAUCUAUUUAUUUUGCUCCCUAUCAUUCUGGCUUGCGAACAGGUGUGUCAACUUUUUAUAUCUAUUGUAAAUUUUCAUCAUGAGAAUGUGGAGGUGUUUUUUCCAUUCACCUUGUUAGAGAACAGCAUGUUGUGCAAGAAGAACUGAAAUGUUCAACAGCUGGACACGUGCAUUUAAAAGUUAAGCGAAGAACAAAUUAAGUUCACCAGUGCUUUUUAAGUUUGUCCUGAAAUUUCACCCAAAAGCCCAAUAUCACGAACUUUUUCUGAGUAGUUAUGAAAUAAUUGACAAUGUGGGCCUGAAAGUAGCCUGAU